AUGGCAAAGGUUAAGCCUCAAAGGGGGUCUGGGGGGGCCGGGCAGGCUCAUAUUCGUGCGCGGAUUUCAUUUUUGUAUAAAGCUUCCAACUACUUGCAAUCAGCCUCUGUAUCAAAAUCUCGCUCAAAGGGCGAUGUCAACGGCAACUCUCGGUGUCAGGACAUCUGCUGUCGCGCACGUACAGAGGAACAAGCGGAGAUGGCAAACUUACAAUCGCCACUCAAUAGCGCCACAGCUGUCACCAAUAAUGACACGACAGAUAUCGCGAUGGUCCAUCAAGAUGGAAUGGACCCCGCGGGAUUUGGAGAGCCCCGCACUUCACAGCAUGUCCAAAUAUCAAAGCUCUCCCGCCAGCUGGCGUCUCAGAUGCGUGGGAUAUCACUUAAGUCUCAGCUGCGAUUACCCCGUGACAUCAAGCGAUCUGUCUGCAAGCUCUGCAACUCGUUGCUGAUUCCCAACACAACCUGUGUGGAAACGACGGAGAAUUUCAGUCGUGGGGGUUCGAAAAAGAAGCCGUGGGCUGACGUUCGUGUGGUCCGCUGCAAUAGCUGUGGCUAUAUAAAACGUUACCCGCAAACUGAGAAAAGGAGCUUGAAACUUAUGGAGAGGAGGAAGAGAGAGAAAGAAAGAGACAGUGAAACCACGACCACCCGGGCGCAGACGUGUACGCCGGUAGUUUCAGUUGAUGUUGGCAAUGCGCGUUGA